CACCGGUAAAGUAGGUCGCUUUUUUACAACAUACCAUUCCAUAACCUCACUAAUGUACCGUAAACAAACCAAUAAUUUAAUGUUUUUAAAGCUUUACUGUUUAGUUUAUGAGUGAAUUGGUGUACCGUGCCCGAUUUUUUGUUUGAAAUACUUAACGACGGUGUUUUAGCGACUUAACCUCACUUCCGAUAGCCCCGAAAUGUCGUUCAAGAAAGGCGUCGAUCCUAAAGUCUUCCGGGCUAUUCAAAACGUGGACAUGUCACAACUGGCCGAAUGCACUGAACAGGAAAUCCGGCCUGUGUUGCCCUGUCUCGUCCGAAUGGGGCUCAUUUCGCCCCUUGACACGUCGAAAAAGUGCACCAGCAUGAAAGUCGACAUUCUUACAAUAGUGUCCGGGAUGGAAUUGGUUAAUUCAAUCGUGGCGCUCUUAUCUAUUGAUUUUCAUCGAUUGGAAACGGAGGUGAAGAAGGAACAACAGUUACGCCAGAAGGGAGUGGCCCUUCAGAACGACUCGAUUUUGAUCGGGAAUUUAUCGAACACAAGCAUGGCUUUGGAGUACGAAAGGAGUGACAUGACGAGACGGUUGAGUAUUUUACUGGGCGAAUUAUUGUAUGUCCAGAGCCAGAUCCAGGACGAAAAUUCGGAAACGUCGUAUGUCAAGCCCUCGGAGUUGUUCGACAAUGACAUUUUUGCGGAGGAAUUAUCUGAUAUUAUUUGCAUAGCCUUGGCUGAGCUCCCCAUCACGUUAAACAUUUUGACAAUCACUGAAACCCUCCUUCAUUUACACAACGGCCCGCCCAUUAUUUGCCGAAUCGUGGCGAACUUCCCCGAUUGUUUCCGAGAAGUCUGCACUUAUUUGAUCCAAACCGGGGAAAAACAGGAAGAGACUAAACUGAGCACAGUUCGAGCUGCGACCAUUUCCCUCCUUUGUAAAAUGAACCCGAGUCAAGCCCUCACAAUCAGGAGCAAAUGCGUCGAAUUAUGUCGAAUGCCAGCUCUAGCAAUCACAUUAUCCUUGGAAGGGGUGGAGGGGGACAUGGUCGCGUUUAUUUCCGGUCUGUUACUAGGCAACGACCAAACAAUUCGUAAUUGGAUUGCACUUUUCAUCCGGACUGGUCAGAAAAAAAAGGGGGAGAUAUCAAGCACCGCCCUGAUGCAACUGAGGGAGGAGCUACUCCGUCGCUUACAUGUGAUUUUAUCAGCUUCGGCUGAUGGCCACCUAUUGGAUAGUCUCGUGGUGCAAGGCUCCGCCCUUUUGCGACUUUACUGUGCCCUUCGUGGAAUCGCCGCAAUUAAAUUUCAAGAGGACGAGGUUAAUGCAUUGGUGCGUCUGUUAACGUCACAUCCAAGCCCCACCCCUGCCGGUGUCCGUUUUGUUUCGAUUGGUUUGUGUAUGUUGAUUGCUUGCCCCUCCCUUAUCUCUCUCCAAGAGCACGAGAGGCGGAGCAUCGAGUGGGUGCAAUGGUUGGUGAAGGAGGAGGCGUAUUUUGAGUCGGCCAGUGGUGUUACUGCAAGUUUUGGCGAAAUGUUGUUACUAAUGGCGAUUCAUUUCCAUAGUAACCAAUUGAGCGCCAUUUGUGAUCUAGUUUGUGCAACCUUAGGAAUGAAAAUCCCCAUCAGACAUAAUAAUAUGACACGGAUGAAACAAGUUUUCACUCAGGAGAUUUUCACGGAACAGGUUGUAACCGCACAUGCGGUUAAGGUUCCGGUUACGAAUUCGUUAAGUGCGAAUAUGACCGGGUUUUUACCCAUUCAUUGUAUACACCAAUUGCUCAAAUCGCGUGCUUUUGCCAAACACAAUGUAAAUAUAAAAAAUUGGAUUUAUAAACAGAUUUGUACAAGUGUGAGUCCGUUACAUCCAGUGUUGCCAAUGUUGGUUGAAGUGUACGUCAAUAGUGUCAUAAUGCCAACAUCGCGAAACACCGAAACAAAUAAACCCCUAACUGAAAACGAAAUCAGACGAGUGUUCCAAAGCUCGAUUUUCGGUCAAUAUUUCGAUCAUAAACAAUCGAUUUUCACCAUGGAUUUUGACUUAAAUAGUGAGAAUCAGGACGUGGUGGUGGAUAACACAAGUCUCACACCUCAACUCCUCCUACUCUACUAUCUCCUCCUCUAUGAGGAUUGCCGUUUGGUCAACGCCCACAUUUUGGCGGCGUUUAACCGCAAAAUCAAGUUGUACAGUCCGGAAUUUAUGUCGGAACUACCAAUCAAAUACUUGCUACACCACGCCCAGAAAGACCAAAGUUCCUACUCGGGUCUUUUUGGUCCUUUACUCAAACUCCUUGCUACACAUUUCCCCCACUUGACACUAGUCGAAGACUGGCUCGACGACAUGUCGAUCAAAACCGAACACAAACCGGCUUACGUGACCCAAAUCGCCGUCAUCGAAGCCUUCAAUGAGUUAGAAACAAGCCCAUCAAAGUGUGCCAAGCUCAUGCAAAUCCUCCUCAAACAAGAGGCCAUAGAUAUUUGGCCUUUUGCUGAGGUUUUUACACAGUUUGCGCGCAAAAUCCUCGGUGGAAACGUCCCGAGGUACUUGCAAGACUUGUACAAAGAUGUCUGGUUGAGGUUCAAUACGGUACUUCCCCGGCGAUUGUGGGUUUUAACUGUGAAAAACCUAGUCGAUGAUUUUUCAAGUUUGACUCGAAUUGAUGUCGCAGAGGACCCUCUCCAGAUAAUGCGAUGCGACGAACGUGUCUUUCGCUGCGCCCCCUUGUAUGCUAUAGUAUUGCGCGUGUUGAGAGCGAGUCUGGCGUCAUCUAGGAGUCAAUUGAUGCAACAUUUGCAAGCCAAUCCGAGGCUAGAUCAUGCCGGACAGGUUUUGAAUGAGAGUGACAGAGAGGAGAUGUGUAGGGCGACGAUAGCAGCACAGGAAAGUGCAGCAGUUCAGAUGUUACUAGAAACUUGCAUUGAAACAGAAGAGGAUCGCACGAUAGGAGGACAAAAAUGGGCCCUUCAAGAAGUCCGGUCUUUAGUUUGCAGUUAUUUACACCAAGUUUUUAUUGCUGAUACAAUGUUGGCAAAACUGGUUCACUUCCAGGGGUAUCCAAGUGAGCUGAUCGAAGUGAUGGUCAAGGGUGUACCCUCAAUGCACAUUUGUUUGGAUUUUUUACAAGAAUUGAUGCAACAACCAAGUCUUAAUAAACAAAUUUUCGCGAUUCAGUUGUUAUCACACUUGUGCAUACAAUACGCCCUACCGAAGAGCUUAAAUUUGUGUGUGGCAGCCCUGAAUUUACUAUAUGCACUCCUUGGAAGUUUGUCGAGUAGUCAACGGGUGCGACUUUUUAGACCGAUUUUACCGGCUUUAGUACGCAUCAGUGAAGCUUUUCCGCCAUUGGUCGACGAUAUUGUGAAUCUAAUGAUGCAAUUGGCUAAGGUUUGCAAAUCACAGGCGUCACUAGCGUCACAUUUUGAUGUCCAUCUGGGGAAAGAAUUAGAAGUUUCAGCUGAAGAAAGCAAAGAGUUGUGUGGCUUGGUCCAAGAGACGUUCAGUGAUAUCUUAGACAAGGCUGUCUUCAAGUCCAAGAUUUAUAAGCAAGAAUAAGUUUUAUUGUCAAAUAAAAGUGUUCACAAAA